AUGGACAGCAAUGCCAGCGAGUCUAGAAUUAACGCAUUCCUUAGCCUCGCACUGGUGGCUUGCACGCUGGCCCUGGCCGUUGCGGACGUCUCGCAUUUGCCGCUGCAGCAGCUGGAGGGGGAGCAUGGCUACGGCUAUGAUUAUCCCAAGCCUGUGGUGCCCUUUGUAAUAGCCAGUACCACCACGCCUGCGCCCACACCAGCGCCCACUUAUCUGCCACCACCACCACCGACGCCAGUGCCCACCUAUCUGCCACCUCCGCCGGUGACAACCACAACCACAACGACAACCACCACGACACCAGCACCGAAACCAGCGCCCACCUACUUGCCACCACCAAAACCCACCACAACAACCACCACAACACCAGCACCCACGCCUGCACCCACCUAUCUGCCACCCAUCAUUGUGCCAGACCCAGAGCCGGGCUACCACUACGAUGCACCAGCCGAGCCCUUCCUAUUCUAA